ACCACUGUUUCCACUUGUGCUUCAGUUGUUUGUUGUUGUUUUAUGUAGUUGUGAAGUCUCUGCAAACAAAGAAACGGCGAAUCUCAGAGUUAAAGCGGCUCUGAGUUCAUCAGAAAUCAUAUUUAAUCUUCACCGCGAGGAAAAGUCAAGGCUUUGAUGGCGAUUAUAGUUUCAGUCGUUUGACUGGCGUGAGAACAGUGAGAUUUAAUUUUGGCAAUCCGGUCUGAGUUUGACGCUCAUCAGAGAAAAACAAACACAAGUGAAGUUCAUGUAAAACUGCAUCAUAGGGAACAAGAUGAUGACAGAUUCAUAAACUGAGGAAACUUCCAGGGUAAAAGACUGUAGAAUAAAGAAGAGUAAAGAGAUGUGCUCCACCAAUCACCCAGCCAACUGGGUCACGUUUGAUGAUGAAGCGACGACCUUCUCCUCACCCCCGAAAUCCCUGCGCUCUCCUGCAUCGAGCUCCGGCUCAAUACCUCGGCCCAACGGCUUGAAACUUGUUCUUCCAUCUUUGGGGAGUGAAUCAUGGAUCUUCAGCUCUGCCAUAGAAUCUCCUUCACUGGAGUUUGGACUUAACGGGAGUUCCCAGGUGCCGAGCAAUACUCCGAUGUGCACUCCGGUGGGAUCGACUCCCACAGGGCCGGACUUCUCCCGCUAUCUGAGAGACUCAAUGGGAAUCACUGAAGGCUCUGGUUCCCUCAAAGCAUCCCAAGAUGAGCCAGGCCAUUUCAACCCCUUCUGGGGGGAAGAAGAACAACAUAAACGGGUGUCCUGGACCUCGUCAUCAGACUCAGACUCUGGACCCAGUUUGCCCCGGUUCUUCAUCCGCACCAAGGAUGGUGACGAGCCGACCCAAGACCACCUUCAGUACUCCUACUCCUACAUCUGCCAUAAACUGGAGCAGCUGAGGACCGAGGAGAAGCAGCUGGAUGGAGAUGAUGUGAAGGUGGACCGAGAGAGUCGACCCUCUGGCGCUGGGAAAGAUAAAGUGCCGAAGAGAAGCCUGUCCUCCUUCGUCCCACAGGGGUUGUUCCUCAGUCAGAGGAGGCACGGCUGGUCCCUGAUGCUGCGGAUCCCAGAGAAGAAGAACCGCAUGUCGUCGCGUCAGUGGGGUCCGGUGUACCUGCGGCUGUGUCCCGGGGCCCUGCUUCAGCUCUUCUACGAGCAGGGCCUGGAGAAGCCCUUCCGAGAGCUCCAGCUGCACGCCUACACCCGCCUCUCGGCCCUGAAGAUGGAGAGAUACGGCGAGCCACGCAGGAUCGCCACAGUCAAGCUGGAGCACGUGUCCUACACCGAGAGAAAGCGCUACCACCCCAAGCUCGAGGUGACCCACGAACCGGAAGUGGAGCAACUGUUGAAGUUCGGCACCACAGAAUACGGAGACUUGGAGGACUUGCUAGCCUCAAUAGAAGAAGAGCUAAUCCGCCUGCCAGUGCCUCAUCUACAGCACAAGCACUAUGAGGAGCAGGAGCUGUCGUUGCAGAUCUCGGACCGGGUCUGGAUGAGGCGAGAUCAGGACGGGGCUACUCUUGAGUGCUCAGCCAUUACUCAGAUCCAUUGUUUGGCCUUCCUGAACGGAGCGGUGGAGUGUUUCCUAGCACUGAAUGACCUCGGGCUCCUCAGACGAGCUCCUGCAUACGGGUCAGAUGAGGACGAGGUGUGGAUGGAGAUCGCAGACUACAGUCUCCAUGGGUGUGUGAGAGAGGCAGAGUUUGAGGAGAAGCGUGUGAUGAGGUUCAGUCCUCCUGACGGGUGUCGAGUGGAGCUAGUGCGCUUCAGGACGGCCUCGCUAUUCUACGAGGAUCCGCCGCUCUCCGCUAAAGCCCUGCUGACGGUGCAGGGAGCCUGUGUGCAGCUCCAGGUCUUCCUCAAUGUCCUGCUGGGUUUCCCUCAUCCCACAGGAGGCUCAGAGACGGUGUGUGAGAACGUCGUGGUCCGAGUGCCGUUCCCAGGGGAUUGGGUGAAGGUGCCGAACAGCAUGUCUCUGCUGCGACAGAAAUCCCUUAAGGCUCGCAUGAACAGAAACGCGUGUCUGGGCUCGGCUCAUGUGGCGGAUUCUCCGUCGGUGAUGCACGUGUCCGUCGGAGCCGUCAAAUAUGAGAACGUGCAUCGAGCCCUUGUGUGGAGAAUCGACCGGCUCCCGCCCAAGAAUGUGGCUGUGGACCAGCCUCAGUCACUGGCGUGUAAGCUGGAGUUGUCCUCGGAUCAGGUGCUACCCGAGGGAUGGAUGCCGUGGGUCAGUGUGGAGUGUGAGGUGUCAUGUGUGGUGGCUUCUCAGACUCGAGUGAAAUCACUGGGCAUCGAGUGUGACGUCCAGCCUCAGAAACACCUGAGCAGCAGAGCCUACUAUCACUGCCAGGUGGAAAUGGAGAAGAAGUUGAUUGAGACUGAGUGUCAGACGCGUUCGGGCUGCGCAACACAGUGAUGAUGAGGAACGGGAUGGAUGAUGAUGAU